CAGUCGGUCUUAUCCGAACUCAAAGAAAGAAGAAAGCUUUGAGAAGUGAAAGUAGUUACAGAGAGCUAGUAAGAAGAGAGAAGAAAAGAAACUAAAGAUGGGUAUGGUUGUGGUGAUCUCUCUGCCUUUUAUUUUGUUCACCAUACUGCUUGGUUUUGGGUGCUACUUCUUUGGAAGAGCCAGAGGGCGAAAAGACGCAAUUGCCUCAGCUCAGGUUUAUGGGGUGCCUACUCCACCACCAGGAGCUAAUAAUUCUCUGCCUUCAUCUCCUCCACCAAAUCCUUUCAAGCACGACAACUCUGCCAAUGUUUGAGCCUCUUCCUCCUUAGCUUCUUCUUAUGUUUUCUGUUCUUGUUCAGAUCAGAGAGCAAAAGAGUGUGUGGUUUUUUUUUUUUCCAAUUUUUUUUUUAUGUGUUUUGUGUGAAUUUUGAACUGUGUUGGGGAGAAAAGCCCAAUUGGGCAUGUGGGUUGGUGUAUAUUUGUUGUAACCUGAAUCAAUAACUGAUGAAAUACAAAUUUUAUUUAUUUAUUCA